AUUGUCCAAUAAGCAAUUUAUACUCUAACCAAGGAAGCAGCUGGAGAAUUUAGCACAGGUCCUGAAGUUGCACGGAGUUCCUUAUGGGGCGUUGGGUCAAGCCAGAUGUGUAUCCAUUGAUGGCAGCAAUGACAUUUGUGACGAGUCUCUGCAUAUUCCAGCUCACAAGAAAUGUUCUCUUGAACCCUGAUGUCAGAAUGAACAAGAAACAAAGAGGCAGGGCAGUGUCGGACAACGCAGAAGAAGGGAGGAAGUACGCCGAGCACGGGCUCCGCAAGUUCCUCCGCACUCGGCCGCCGGAGAUCAUGCCCACCAUCAACCACUUCUUCUCCAAAGAUAAAUCUACAUAAUCUUGUCCACCUUGUAAAAAAAAAAAUUUACCUGAAACUUGAAACUAUGUUCAGUGUACUUGUGAAUGAAACCUAUGAUGUGUAACAUGACUCGAUCUGUAAUGUGGGAUUUGAAAACUCUACGAUUGGAAG